UUGUACAUUGAAAGUCAUGUGAUAUUUCUAUCGCAGUCAAGAUGGCGACAGGAGGACCAGGACGUUUUGUCUUACUCUUAGCAGUGAUCUGCUUGUGUAGGGGCGAUAAUCCACCACAAUGGCCUACCAGCUAUAUGCUCACAGCUGAUCUAGAGUUACCAUAUGCAGAAAUCAAAGAGCCAUUCACUGCCUAUUAUGAUGGUGUCAACAACAUGAGCCGAGUGGACUAUUAUGGAGGAAUGGUGAAAACUGUUCAGCGCCAAGAUGUCAAACCCUAUGGUGUUGGGUUUAAGAUUGCUCCAAUCACUACAUACAAGGUGACAAACCAAAUGACCUGUUUUGGAAUGAAUGGCACCAGUGAUGGACCCAUUACCAUACAAAGUGUGUUACCAGACCUGACUGGUUUCCAGAACAUUGGGAAAGGUAUGAUUCUGGGUCAGAAGGCUGACCAGUGGCAGCUGGUGAAUGUUGUCGGGAACAAGAAGAACACUUAUACAAUAUGGAUUGCCUCUGACGGCAGUCCAUUGUUUUACGAGAUGAUGGGCUAUGACACGCUACUUGGCUCCCACUAUGACAAAUACUACAUCAAGUACACAAAUUUCACAGCCAGUUCUAAAUUUGAUGACAGUACAUUUGCAUAUCCUAAAGGGAUGACUUGUGGAGACUUCCCUGGUCCAGGUGCAAGUGAACAUCAGGUGCUGAUGAACCCCAUGAAAGAAUACAUUCACCACUAUGAUCAGCAUGUGGAGGAUUUGUUCGGAAAAUUCAAAAUCAAACAUGGCCGUGAAUAUCAAUCAGUCAAAGAGCAUGCUCAGAGACAACAUCAUUUCAGAAACAACCUAAGAUUCAUCCACUCGAAGAACAGAGCUGGUCUUUCAUUCUCUUUAGCUGUGAAUCACCUAGCAGAUAAAUCUGUAGAAGAAUUGUCAAUGAUGAAUGGAUUUAGGCGGACUCCUGGGCAUCAUGGUGGACUUCCUUUUGACAAGACCAAAUACAGUGAGAAAGACACUCCUGUAGACUGGGACUGGAGACUGUAUGGUGCUGUCACACCAGUUAAGGACCAGGCUGUCUGUGGAUCUUGCUGGAGCUUCGGUACUGUUGGCACUAUUGAGGGUGCAAACUUCCUCAAGACUGGGCAGCUCAUUCGACUAUCACAACAGGAGUUGAUGGACUGUUCCUGGGGCGAGGGCAACAAUGCUUGUGAUGGAGGCGAGGACUUCAGGUCUUAUAAUUGGAUCAUGAAAAAUAACAAUGGUAUUACAAGUGAAGAGCUGUAUGGACCAUAUCUUGCUCAGGAUAGUACCUGUCAUGCAAAAAGUGUGAAGCCUGUUGUGACAAUGAAGAAUUAUGUCAAUGUCACAAAAGGUGACCUCCAAGCUCUCAAAUUUGCCAUCGCCCAUCAGGGACCAGUAUCAGUUGCCAUUGAUGCCUCACACAAAUCAUUAUCCUUCUAUGCCAAUGGCAUCUACUACGAGCCUGCAUGUGGUAAUACUGACGAUGACUUGGACCAUGCUGUCUUAGCUGUGGGUUAUGGCACUAUCGGUGGACAGGACUACUGGCUCGUAAAGAACUCCUGGUCCACAUACUGGGGAAACGACGGCUACGUCCUCAUGUCACAGAAGGACAAUAACUGUGGGGUGGCUACUGCAGCCACCUACGUCAUCCUAUAAAAGAUAUUCCACCUGUACUAAAUUCACGACAUCCAGUCUCCCAGAGUGCCAUUGAUAUUUUUGUAUUGAAUAUCUCAUUCUUUGACAAAUUAAUAGUGCUUUGCAAACAUGAAGUGUUGUAAUUACAUAUUUUUGAUUCAAAGAACACAUGCUCAUCUAUACCUUAAUUAACGUGUCAUUUCUGCCAUUAUCAUUCUAAUACUGUGAUACAAGUAUCUUGUGAACUAAUUGAGAUACAGAUUCUGCUUUGGGUUAUAAGUAUGCAAUACCACUAUCUAUAUGAAGAGUAUAUGAAAAUUGAUUUAAUACUCAAAGGUUUACUUGUGUCUCUUUAAAUCAAUAUAAACUGAAUUUACAUAAAACAAAGGGUAGGUCCUCAGUUUCAAAAUCAAAAAUCAUAUGGCAAAGGCAACCAUUGUUAGUUAUUAAAUAUCAUUCUAGUGUAUUUAUUAUAAGUAUAUAGAAAAUGUUAUAAAAUAUUAUUAUCUUUCCUGUUUUCAUUACAUCAUUUGGUGCGUGCAUUUUCUUUUGUGUAUUUUCAAUUUGCAAUGAAAAAAAGAAACAUAUAUAGAAUUUACUCCUGAUUUUUAUACAUUCCCUUUACGUAUGAAAUUGAAGUGAAAUCUUUGAGUGAAAUGAUUUUCGAAUGAGUUACACAGAAAUAAAUUUAUUUAAGUAGUAA